GAAUCGGUUCAGGUUAGUUGAAUGCCGUUGCAAAUGUCUAAUAGUAGGCUACCUAGAAUGUGUGAUGAUUUAACAAGGCUACAUAUUACGUCAUAUUUUUUCAAGGAAUGCAGUUCUGUCACUUUGAUCUAAAUGAAACUUCCCGAAAACAUUAUGCGACUUUAAACAAGACUACGUGAGCUGGUUAUUGUAAACACACUGCGUCUGCUCGUCUAUAUCUAGUCUGACUUUGUACACCCGCAUAUUUGUGGUGUACAUUUUUAAAAAACCUGCAUGUCCGCAAGGCUUUACGGAUAAAAUGAGACGAAGGUGAGACAAAAUCUGAAAUGCAGCUCUUGUCCGUAGCACUUCUCCCGCAGCGCAGUUUGAAAGUUCUCACGAAGAGCGGAGCCGGAGCUUCCGAUUGGUCCACCGAGUCGAUCCGGGUACCGGGCUGGACUCCGCUUAUUAGCCUAGAGGUACCAAUAUGGCGGAGGCUUCCUUUGGAAGUUCGAGUCCAGUCGGCUCUUUGUCUUCGGAAGAUCACGACUUCGAUCCUUCGGCCGAGAUGCUGGUGCAUGAAUACGACGACGAACAGACUCUGGAGGACGAAGAGAUUCAGGACGGAGAGAAGAACUUUGGUGCAGAAAUCGCCGAUUUGGAGAAGGAAGGUAACAUGCCAUUGGAGGAGCUGCUGGCGAUUUACCGCUACGAGGCGUCGGUCAGCACGGCGGCCGCGUCCAGCAUGGACGAGUCGUCAGGGGAGCUGCCCGACGAGCUGCCCGACAUGACCUUAGACAAGGAGGAAAUUGCGAAAGACUUGCUUUCGGGGGACUACGAGGAGGAGGCGCAGUCUUCGGCAGAUGACCUCACCCCCUCGGUGACAUCACACGAGGCCACCGACUUCUUCCCUCGAACCCUCAGAUCCAACACAAUUUAUGACGGAGACAAGGAGUCUGAGGGGGAAGAGGACGGGGUUAACCCGGAAGAUUCCAGAAAGGAGAUAAUGGUGGGGUCUGAGUACCAAGCUGAAGUCCCAACUCGCCUCUGCCGCUACCGCGACAACGAAAAGGUGUAUGAGGAUGAAGACCAGCUGCUGUGGAAGCCCGGCGUUUUGGCGGAGAGCAAAGUGCGGGACUUCCUGUGGGAGGCCACGCUACGGCCUGAGGGGAAGACCACUGGGGCUGCAGCGGCGGUACACGUACGAGACAACGAGCAGGCGCUGUACGAGCUCAUGAAGUGUAACUACAAUACCCACGAUGCACUCCGCAGCAACGCGAAGUCUUCGAAGGAAGAGGGGCUUCCAUGGACGGAGGACGAAUGCCGAAACUUUGAGCACGCGCUUCAGAUCUACGACAAGAACUUCCACCUCAUACAGAAACACAAGGUUCGAACCCGGUCCGUGGCCGAGUGCGUGGCCUUCUACUACAUGUGGAAGAAGUCGGAGCGCUUCGACUACUUCGUGCAGCAGACCCGUUUCGGGAAGAAGAAGUACAGCUGUUACCCGGGGGUGACGGAUUUGAUGGACAGGCUGGUGGACGAGGCAGAGGGUCUGGCUGUGGAUGAGGCGGGGUCAGUGUGCCCGGGCGGGGUCGGAGGUCGGAUGGAACCCAACGCUGACCAGCAGCUCAGCUUACUGAACUCCAUCACCGCCAGUGACCUCACUGCUCUGAGUGGCAGUGUGGCCACAGUGUGCAGUCCCGGGGACGCGUUCGGGUUUGCGCCGCUGGAGAGCUUACACCACCAGGGGGCGCUGGGGCGGGACGAGGCUCUGGGCUUCGCGCCCAACGGCGACGCCAACUGCCUGAACAUGCUGGACGCGGGCUUCUACCACGCGGACGCGCGGGGGGGCAAGGCCCGCGACCGGCCCCCCCCCCGCCGGCUGAAGCUGGGCCUGUCCGAGCCCUUCGCCAACGACGUGUCGGUCACGGACCUGGGCGUGGACUACCAGCCCCGCGGCCACCCCCACCGCCUCGCCGGCACCAAAAUGGCGGUCUCCGUCACGGACUUCGGCGGCGAGGCCAACGGUUUCCGCUCGUUACACCAGCAGCACGCCGCCCUACAGGCCGAAUGACGCGUUACACUCUUUACUCACUGGAAAACAUUUCAGUUUUUAUUUAGAGUAAAUGUGUACAUAUAUAUAUAUAUAUAUAUAUAUAUAUAUAUAUAUAUAAAUAUUUUUUUUACUAUGACAUCAGUGAUGUCUUUUAUCGUAUAGAACUUUAAAAAUCUUGAUUUCUCAAGAGAAAAUAUAGCCAUUUGGGUUUUUUAUUUUUUCAGUUUUUAAAUGUGGAUGGUCUGUCGUCUGGGACGUGAAGAGGAAGUCCCCCCGCCGCUUCUUUACACCAAUGACAGCAUUUUCCGCGCGGAACAGCCAAUGGAAACGGCUCUCCCCUCCGCCCCUUUUCCUAUGUGUGUUUUGUUUGUUGUUGUUUCACGUGGUACUUUGGAAGGUGAGAGUUUGCAGGUCACAGAUUGGCUGUGCUUAGACACUGGCGGUUGUAGCGUUUUGGUCGGAGGGCCCCAGUUCUCUCUGUGUUGAACCCCUACAUUCGACCCUGCAGAGACGUCCUGAAUGCGGGGUUCCCGAGCACACACUUGGGGACGUCGAGACGUCCUGGUUUACGGAAUUUUUCUGUCUGGGAGAGGGAAGAACCACAGAACGGCAUCGCCAGACCUUGUGGGAGACAUCGGUCUGCGUGCGGCACAUUUUGACGUCUUACACGAGGAAGGGGAGUUGCUUAUGUCCAAAUGAGUGAUGGAUUUCUGCAUCCAGAACGUUCACUGUCUGUUUGGAUGGGCGCAACGUAGUUUUGGGGCAGCCUGAAGCAUUUAAAAAAAAAAAAAAAUGGAUUCAUUAACUGACACGUCAAGAGAUUUUCUUCUGUUAGCGACUAUGACUGUGUGCUAUCUGUGGCCUAAUUUUUGUAAGGCGUAGGUCUCCUUGAUUGACGCUUCAGAGAACGAGUAAAAUCCUCCCAGUCAUUCGUGCAAGAAAAGUGAGCAGAAUGCUCAGAUCACAGCUUUACACCGCACUGUAGAAACGGACCAGAAUUCAAAAUGAGGUCCCUCCAAGAAUGUAAUCAUCACGGUCAGAUGGUUAACUUACUGGUUUUGACAGCUUUUCCCAAAAAAAUGUUCUUCCCUGAAACAGUGCAAAGGUUGAUACCGUGACUACCCCAGUAACCCAUGUUUUUCUACUCAAAGUUGGUUUUUUUUUUUUUUGCUUUUGAAGUUUCUCCGUGACUGAACUAUUGUGCGUAAUUCUUUUUUUGUUUAAAAUGUCUGAGAAACAGUGUUGGUGAAUGUGUGCUGGUUUGUGGAUAGCUAGGUGUGUAUUUAUUGCAAAGAAUACGUAGUGGACUGCGCCAAGCUCAUCACAACUUUAGCCUUAGUCUUGUAAGUAAAUUGUGUUGCCUUUUUUUGUAGAAAGUGUACAGUUGAACAACUUUGCUAAAAAACCAAUGGGCACGUUUUACAUUUCUCAGAGACUUGUGUGUAUAAGACUAUUUUGACUGUCUAAGCUGAGCCAUGUGCAUGUUCAUCUUUAUUCCAAUGAGUCCCCAUUAAUUGUUUUUUUUGUUUUUUGUUUUUGGGGACAGGGAUGUUAUUUGAAUCUUAAGUGUACACCUGUACAUAGCCAUGAAACUGCAGCCCCAUCUCCUUGCUGACGUCGGGUCACAAUGGCGUCCUGAAAACCAGUCCUGCGUCCAUGGUACGAGAGACACGAACAGCAAGCCCGCAUCGCGUAACUAUAGACACAGACACGUAUGCGUGCAUCAGUCACACGUCAUGACAGUACAGAUAUGAACACCAAUCCUGCGUCACGGUACUGCAGCCUGGUUCCGAUGUCUAAAGGCAAGCUCUAGACUUUCCUGACAACUGAUUACAGUUGAGAAACAGGGCAUGGUGGGUACUGUCUUGGGGCUUUUUAGGAGAAAAAGGCAGAGAGGACAUAGUUGGCAGUUUAAUUUAUGCAGUAUUCAUGUUUACUUAAUUUAUCUAUGCAUUCUGAGAUGGGACCUGAAGCCAGAAUAACCCGGUCAGGAAGACCAGAGGCACUGCGGAAUGUCAGCAUAGCUGUAGAAUUACUAGAUUGGUGGAGUUCUAUUUGAUUAGCUUGUCCAGAAUACCCUUCUGCAGAAAGUCCUUAUGAAAAAUGAUGUAUAUGUGAAAAUUACUUAAUGUACUAGUGUAAUAGCAGCCUCUAUGGUACGUGAAGCGUUGCAUUUUAAUAUUAAUAUAUGAAUUCGAUCCAAUCCGAUGUGGCCCUCCAGCACUUAUGUAAAUUGAUUUAUUGUUUUUUUUUUUUUUUUGUUUUGUUUUUUUUAAAACCAUGCUAGUAAUUCUAUUUCUAUGGAGAAUGCUGGUGAGGUCAGUGGUGUUUUCACUGUGGCAGGUUAUCCCCCCCCCCCCCCCAUGCAGGCAGGUGGCCCCUGAAUUGCAUUUGUAUAUAAUCAUCAGGUAGUCUUUAAAAAGUUAAGUAUUUGACCUCAUAAACUUGUGAAUUUCUGUUCAAAGAUUUUGUUGAAAUUCCUUGUUGAUAUAAGGCAAUAAUUUGUAAAUAUGUACAGAAAAGACAUGACAGUUUGACUUUUUAUUUUAUCUUCAUUAUUGUCUGCAGCAGAAAACCAUUUAUCCAUGCAUGCUAGAUGGGACUUUUCACUGAAGAAAACCACUAAACAUUGCUUUACCUAUCGAAGUAUUAAGUGAUUGUUCUGUUUUUUUUUUUUGUUGUUUUUUUUUAGUUUGAUUCGCUGAAAUACAGCCUGUAUGCUGCUUGCUGGAGUGUCAGUGAGACUUGUGUGCACUUAAAGGUUGUUGCAGAAGUUGAGAUCUGAUUGCUGUCCAGCAGGGGGCGCACUCUUAUUUUGUUUUCUCCUUUAGUGACCAGAGCCCAUAUUCGUAGUGUCUCGGAGUAGAAGUGCUGAUGUAAAAAAAAAAAAACAGGCAGAACUGAUCUGAGAUCACUACUUCUGAAGCUUUGUGGAGAUGUUGAUAAAGGGGGUGUGGCUUUCUUGAGGCCUGGUUUCUGUGGGUGGAGUCUAAAUUGUUUGGAAUGCAGUAACUCUUUUGAACAGUAAACACUAUAUUGGGUUUGAUGCUAGGUUUGCAUGUCAAACACAAUGCGGGACCACUUUGCAAUGCCAAUAUGGCCUGUGUCUGACACCGGGGCUUGUACUCAAAAGUGCUGAUCUAGAACCAGUUUUGCCUUCACACUCAUAGGAGAUAAGGAUAUGGAUUUGGGAAGAAACUGAUCCUCAGUCAGCAUUCUUGCUCUGUGUGCUUUGUGACUACAGGCCCUGAAAUCAUCUCACUAUGUUUGCUACACGGCUAAAUGCAAGUCCUGCUCUGUCUGUAGCAGUAGUCUUAUUUAUUUUGUUUCCUUGGCUGGCUUCCUGUUGUAAAUUUUAUUUUAAUUUUAUUUAUUUUAUUUUUUAUUUUUUUUGGUUAAACUGUCCUUAACAUAACAGCUGACUGCAGGGUAAAUCUGAAGGAUGUUCGUUACUGUCCCAGUACGUGGGGUAAAGCAGGAAGGCAGACUAUCAAGCUGUUUAAGUUGCAGCUCUGACUGACUCUUAACAAAGACAGUGACUCAGUGACGGCCUAUUUAUUUUAUCCAAAGUUUGUACAAAGGUGUAGUAGAAAAAAAGAAUGCUCAGAAUGUAUCCUAAUGAAACAAAUCUUUAGGAGAGUACCUGUAUUUUAAACCACCCCCAGAAAAUUUAUCUUAAAUGUGACUUUUUAAAGAAAUCUUCAAUGUGGGUUCGAUUUUUUUUCUUCCAAUUACCAUAUUAAUUUCUCUAUAUUUUUUGUAUUUCGUUUUUGAGAUGAAAAGGAAAACUUAACCGCCACUGCAGUUGAGAUGUUUUCAGUUAAUUUGAAAAAUAACCUUUCUUUGUGAGUAAAACAUAAAUUUAUAUAGCCAGAAUUAGACAAUCAGAGCAGCAUUUAAUAUCUGAAAUGUUAAAGAGGAAAUCUUUAUUGUUUAUAAAUAUUUGUACAUAAACUGAAUUGUUUUUGUUUUGUUGAGGAUUUUGUAUUUUGUUCUUCUUUAAUACCUGGUGUACAGAUCCAGAAAUAAACCUGGAAAUAUUGUGA